AUGCGUGAAUGUGAAGUUUGUUUUUCCGGGGAUCAGUAUUCCAAGUGGCAUAAUGACUAUGGAAAGGGUGUUCAAUGUGAACACAAUAGCGGCUUCAGCUCAGUGAGUCAUGAAGGCAAUUCCAUUGUUGACUGUCGGUUAGAGGAUCGGUGUCGAGGAGUUACCUGCGGCCAGAAUGCUCAAUGUAUCGAUGGCCGAUGUGAAUGUCUACCUGGUUACGAAGGCGAUCCACAACGAGAGUGCCGUACUGGAGAAAAUUGUAAAGGACAACGAUGCGGAGUGAAUGCCUAUUGUCGAGAUGAAGUCUGUAUCUGCGAGACUGGCUACCAAGGCAAUCCUUAUACUAGAUGUGAACGAAUAAGCGAUCGUUGCGACGGUGUCCAAUGCGCAGCAAAUGCCUUCUGCGAGAAUGGUUACUGUCGUUGCAAUGCUGGUUACUCUGGAGAUGGCUUUGUCAACUGUUACUAUCAGGGCGCUUGUGCAAACAUUCAAUGUGGUGCGAAUGCUCUAUGCAACGAUGGCCGGUGUGUCUGCUUGCCUGGGUAUAGUGGAGACCCCAACAGAAUUUGUGAACGUGUCGAAGAUCCAGAAAAGUGCGGUGGAAGACGCUGUGGCCAGAAUGCAGUCUGUGAUCGGGGUGUUUGUGUCUGUAAAGUGGGCUAUGAAGGAGAUGCCUACUACGUUUGCACUGAAACCUCUACAAAGCAGGAACUUUGCGGAAACACCUAUUGCCAUCAAAAUGCUCGUUGUUAUAAUGGAGUUUGCUUCUGUGAGUACGGAUAUGUUGGUGAUGGCACAACAGUGUGUAAAAAGGUUGAAGAAGAUCUUUGCACGAGAGUUCAGUGUGCAGAGAAUGCCGAAUGCGAGGCUGGCCUUUGUCAAUGCAAACCCGGUUUUAAGGGAGAUGGAUUUGCUGAAUGCACGCCAGUGGAAGUUGAUCCAGGUUCGUAUAAGUUUUGUUUUAGUUAA